GCCGAAAUCUCCCCGCUAAUGAUCCCUCGCACUCUAUGACCACUACCCCGCCGGCCGAGGGGCUUUCAUUCUAUCCCCAUUCUCUCUUCACCCACUCCCUCACCUUUAAUGAAUGGGCGCGUCUCACGGCAAAAGAUAUCCACGAGGGAUUACAUCAGAGACGUGGGUUCGAGGGGCAAGAUGUUUGGUUUUAUUCAAACCAUCCCAUCAGGUGGGUGAGGGUGGUCGGAAUAGUUGUUGCUUAUGAUGACACGGAAAAGAUGGUUAACAUCACUGGUGAGGGCCCCCCAAUCUCUCGUUUCUCCCUAUUCACUGUGCGCUGACCUAGCUUAGUGGAUGAUGGCUCUGGUUACCUGAUGGACCUAAUCGCUUGGAAAGGGAAGCCGCCAGUAGGAAAGAGGCCGAAAUUUUCAUUUGAUGAUCUCAAGAAUGUCGGUUUGCAUUCGAUAAUCAAAGCGAAGGGUUCUUUGGGAGAGUUUAGGGGCAAUAAGCAGCUUUUGUUACGGAGAAUCGCGGUCUUGCACGACACAAAUGGCGAAGUCGAUGCCUGGACGGAAACGAUCAAGUUUAAAAAGAAUGUUCUAUCUAAGCCAUGGCAUCUUACGGAGGAGUUCAUCAGAGAGGAGCAGGGAAGAGUGGCGAAGGCUGCAGAAGAAGCGGAGAAGAAGGAGGAGAAGAAGCGGCGGAAGGAUGAACGAACGUUGAGAAAAAAGGAAAAGGAGCUCAGGAAAGUGCUCGGGAAGAAAAAGGGAAAGGGGGAAGCCGUUGAAGGGGGAGCAGGGGGCAACCACGUCGGGGCAGGAGAUGUGGCUGCUGAAAUAAGCUAUCGGGGGCGUCGUCGGGAAGAAACCCCUCAACUAGCGGCUUCAGAGAGUAUCUAUGUAGGACGCCGCCAUCCCUCACCCCGUCCUUGGUCCCCACCGGUUUCAUUAGGCCCGAAACCUGAAGAUGGUUCUGCUCCAACGUUGGCCGGGGCUAGUCGGCUCUCGAAAAUACAACAUUUGAAUACUCAUUGUUCGGAACCAGACGAAUAUGGACAGGAACCUGAUUAUAAGCGAAGGCGUUGUUUUUCCCCCGCACUGGAACCAGAUCUACAGUCUGGUUCGCAGCGCUUAGAGAUAUUGGAGAGCAGCUUCCGGGGAUGUCGCCGGUCUUCCAGGGCGCCGUUGCAGCUGACAGUAUCAAAUGUUGCGUUAUUAGAACAUUCCACAUCAUCUGAGUUCCAAGCUGGUGAUCAAUUGCAACCUUCAGUAAAGGCUGUAUCGUAUGUUGGGCGCCGACGUACGGGAUCCGAAUCGGCGUCUGUUAAUCAGGACCUUGACAAAUAUCACGCGCCGGCAAAGCUUGAGACAAUCCCCUCCUCUCCCCCUGAAGUUGUAAGGAGGUGUCAUCAAAGGCGGUACUCGCCAAGUGGACUCCGCAUUCCGCAUACAAGUGUCUUCCGUGACACAAAUCCAAAAGCCGACCUCCCUGAACCUAUGCCUGAGCGAGUGCCGCCAAGCAUGGAAUCCUCGACGGGUAUCUACCGCGGCCGUAAACGAUGCACAGGCUCAGAGACCGCAUCUGUCGUAGAUCCAACGGUAAAACGAACGAAACUGAAAACGGUUGAGCCGCCACCACCCCCGUUACCUGCACUGGCGGAAUGUCCAACAGAACCCUGUUCUUAUCGUGGCCGACGGCGGCGCUGGGAUUCGGAGACUAAUUCUCGACUAAGCCGGGAAUCCUCCAUCUUUUCGAACCCGGUUGAGGAGAAGAGCGGUUGCGAGCGCUGGACUGGGUCUACCGUUCCGGAGAGCUUUGUGCUACCACCACCUUCUCCCUCUAGGGACGGGGAUGGGCCUAAGUAUCGUGGAAGACGUCGGACGCAGGUGCCGUAGACGAAGGUUGAUAAUGUCUUUUCUUUUCUUUUUUCUUUUUGGUGUAGAUAUUGCAGGAAAUGACGAUGCUUUCAAUCGG